GUCUGGCACACAGCCACUUAACUCAGACAACACCUCCCCAAAGUCUCGGACUUGUAAUCUGUGUUCGCUGCAAAUAGACAAUCUAAAAUCAUAGUGACAUAGUCUAGCAAUCUAUGUAUACGAAGUCAACAAACCACCUCGACGAUUCCGAGCGGUCGAUACCUUAUCCCGGCUAUUUUUGGACGGUGUCUUAUCCAUGGUGGAGACAGAAACGACUAAGGCAGCAGCGGCAAGCCGAGGCGGGUUAGUCUGGUCUGUCUGCAGGCGGGUGUACUGUACACUAUACGGAGUAGACAAACCGCGGGUUCGUGGACGCUUGCUUGCUACGUAUCAGUUAACCACUACGUACGUGCGGAAUUGUUUUACUCGUAGCUUAGUUCCGAGGGAGCCAUCAACAAAAGACCGCAUUACCGGUGUCCACGACCGGACUACGGGGUUGGUCAUGGGACUUAAUCAACGGGCGUUGUUGGGUACCAAGAACUUGAUGGUUCUACAACGUUCUCUACCGGUUCCUUGGCUAGUGUACCCGACACGGCCUCGGCCGGUUGAGUCUCGGUUGGGUAAUAGUUUAUUUGUUUUCUGUUGCGUCCCAAGGUUGCGGGGGGGGGGCUCAACAUGUUCAUUUCUUGGGUGUGAAACUGUAACCAGGAGAUAAUGUUGAUGUCAUUAAAUUGCUGGGCAACGUUGAAUAUUUCAAUCAUAUAUAAGCCAAGACAUGACUGAUGUGAGACAUAUGAAAUGUUGGGGAUAGAGUCGCAUGGUGAGCGAGUCGGGUAUCAAUAGACAAAGAAUGAAAAAGAAAACAAUCAAGCAAUAGUGGCGUC